AGAAACAAAAAGAACAUCAUUGACUCGUAUUGUUUCCGCAAUAAGAUAGAUGCCUUGAGAUUCCUGCUUCCAUUGAUUGUCAUAUUGUAUGUUCAAAGCCAAGUGUGGAGUCCAAGUCUCUAUAUAAGUAUUUGUUAGCACUUUCAAACUUCCUGCAUUGACAUUUGAGAUAAAUUAAAGUUAUACCUUCUGGUUACAGAAAAAAUGAAUAUUUUCCGAAAUGGUGAAACUCAGCCUGUACAGCAACCAAAGCUGGGAGGAAGGAGAGCUACUAUAUUCGUAUUUGCUAUGUCAGCACUGGAGACCAUGGCAUUUAUUUCAAAUGGUGUGAGCUUAGUGACUUACUUUUAUGGAUACAUGAACUUCAGCUUGGCAAAAUCAGCUACUGCACUGACAAAUUUCAUGGGGUCUGCAUUUCUAUUAUCAUUAUUUGGAGGAUUUAUUUCUGAUACAUACAUAUCAAGAUUCAAGACUGGCAUUAUUUUUGGAUGCUUAGAAGUGGUGGGGUAUGCUGUGCUAGCAGUGCAAGCACAUUUCAAGCAACUGAGACCUUUUCCUUGCAAAGGUUUAGACCCUAGCAAAAUGAGCCAAUGUGAGCCAGCAGACAGCAGCCAGCAGGCAAUAUUAUUUGCUGGAAUUUAUCUGGUAGCGCUAGGAAGCGGAGGGGUGAAAGCGGCUCUGCCCUCGCUAGGAGCUGAUCAGUUCGAUGAGAGGGAUCCAAAGGAGGCGGCUUCUCUUUCAAGCUUCUUCAACUGGUACUUGUUUGCUGUUACAAUAGGAGCUAUAUUUGGCGUGACAUUUUUAGUCUGGAUAAGUACCAACCAAGGUUGGGAUUGGUCAUUCGGUAUUUGUUCAAUAGCUGUGGGAGUGUCACUUCUGUUUCUAAGCAUGGGGAGGUCAGUUUAUCGAAACAACGUCCCCAAGGGAAGCCCAUUUGUUCGUGUUCUAAAGGUAUUUGUUGCAGCCAUUAGAAACCGGAAACUUGCCAUUCCAGAUACUGCAGGAGAGUUACACGAAAUUCAUGAUAAAGAAGCUGGACAAACUGAGAUUCUUCAAAGAACUAAUCAAUUCAAGUUUUUGGAUCAUGCAGCAAUAGUUAAAAAUGCACAAGAAGCAUCUGAAUCAAGUGUCACUGGAUCUUGGAAGCUCUGUACAGUCACACAAGUUGAAGAAACAAAAAUUCUAGUCCGAAUGCUCCCAAUUAUACUGAGUACGGUUUUCAUGAACACCUGUUUGGCUCAACUCCAAACAUUUUCCAUCCAGCAGAGCAAUACAAUGAACAGAAACAUAGGAGGCUUUGAAAUGCCUGGACCCUCGAUUCCAGUAAUCCCCCUUGUGUUCAUGUUCAUCCUAAUCCCACUUUACGACCGGAUUUUUGUUCCAUUAGCAUCAAGGUUCACCGGAAUCCCUACCGGAAUCACUCAACUCCAAAGGGUUGGAGUGGGACUGGUUCUUGCGGCUAUUUCUAUGGCAAUAGCUGGAAUAAUUGAAACACACAGGAAAAACGUAGCUAUUAAUCAUAACUUGGUUGAUUCAGUAGAACCUUUACCAAUAAGCAUAUUCUGGCUUGGCAUCCAAUAUGCUAUAUUUGGAAUGGCUGAUAUGUUCACACUGGUGGGGUUGUUGGAAUUCUUCUACGCUGAGAGCUCGUCCGGGAUGAAGUCACUUAGCACCGCCAUCUCAUGGUGUUCGCUGGCAUUCGGGUACUUCACGAGCUCGGUGGUUGUGAACGUAGUGAACAAGGUGAGUGGCGGGUGGCUAGCUAGCAACAAUUUGAACAGGGAUAAGUUGAAUUAUUUCUACUGGUUACUAGCCUGCUUAAGCAUGGUGAAUUUUGGUGUCUACCUGGUAUGUGCUACCUGGUACAAGCAUAAAAAGGUUGAAGGGAAACAAGUAGACAAUGGUUGGGUUCUUGAGGAAAGAAUUGAUAUGAGCAUUGUCAGGAAUAGUACUCCCUAAAUGUGUUAAAUCUCUAGUUAAAGACAAUAUAAAAAUUGUAAUGUGUAAUCAUUUUGAGUAAAUCUACAGUGUUACUUUGUAUUGUA